UUUCUAAUAGCCAGUGAACAUGAAGAAUUCAAACAUCGUCCGGAAAUUUUUACGUUUAUACGAUUAGAUGUUGCUCAUUUGAUGAGCAUGGUGCGUCGAUGGAUUUGUUUCCAACAAAUGAAAUUUUCCAAAGUUAGACAUUUUUUCAUGCUCUGUUUUUCACUAAUGAUUGACAGUCAGUCUCCGUAUGAGUUUGAGAAUAUUUUCCGUCUGACAUGUAUUGUUGCUGGGCAUGAACACCAAGACACGAGGCUUAAGAAUGGGAUUUCUGUAUUGGAAAGUCGGAAAACAUUGGAAAAAAAAAAAUCGCUGACCAUGGCUAUAACACUAAAGUUGACGAUAAGCAGUGGCAGGGUGAAGAGACUUUGUAUGAUGAGAGUAUUAAAGAAAAACAAUUUCACGAGCAAAGCCGUGUGAAGGCAUGGAUAACAAAAAUUUUAGAAGAUUCGAAAAAAGUAUCAAUUGAAGGCUGCGAACCUAAUUCUUUCUAUUUUAAUGAUUUCCUAAUUAGAUUCAUGCCCCUAGCAACAGAAUUUUGUCUAUGGAGUGCAGUGCCAUUGCCAUAUAUACGAGGUCGUGCUACUUCCAGUUAUUCAGAAGGUCACUUUUCUAAUAUAAAAAACCAUGUAUUGAAAAAUUUUUCUGGGUUAAUUAGAGCAGAUAAACUCGUUAAAAUUCUUCUAGACGACGCCUCAUCGAGUGCAAUCGAAAUUCAUUCGAAAUUAAAAGUAUCUCGCGAAAACGAAGGCCCUUGCCCGAGUCCUCUGGCAAAGAAAAAUCGAAGUCCAGAGGGUGAGUCUUUAAAUUUCAAAAGAGCCCCGUCACCUGAAGGUGAUAUCUCUGAUGUUCCAGAUGCUAAUUAUGAUGGAGAAUCACAAGAUUCUGCCAAUGAUAAUAACUCCCCAAUGCCUGAGGAGUUAAUCUCGAAUAUUAGCUUUCAAUCUUCGACGAUUGAUCCAUUGUAGAACUCGGAUUUUGAUACUGAUGAUACUAAUCGAAGCAAGUGGCAUAGAAAAUUGAUUGCAAACGUGACGGGCGUCUACUCUCAACCUCAACCCGAUAUAGGACGCCGCAAUAAUCUCGCUGGUCAUUCCCAUAAAUCCUGGCUGUUGCGUAAUGGCAAUUUUGUGAAAAAGCCUACUUUGAGUAACACGAAUCAUCAUUUCGCAAUCAACACUUGUGGUUUCGAUUCGAUUAUUCAAAUUUUAAGCACGGCAGCUAUGGACGACGAAAAUUACAAUCAGGAGAUGAUAAAUUCAGAGAAUCCAACCUUGAAGUUUAUUUCUGAUUUUGUAAAAAAUGGACCAUCUCAACGCAUAGAAAAUGACAGAGUGAAAUUACUAACAGAGUUAUUUCCAAGUAAAGAGUGUAUUGGCGUGAUCAAAGCACUGAAAUCUUAUAUCGUCGAUUUGAAAGAUUAUUUGUCGUCUAUUGUUAAAAAAUGUUUCCAAUCAAAACCUUCGGCAUUACGUCACUAUACGUGCCUCAAUUGUGGUGAAUACACAGUACCAGUACCACUUUUAUAUAUUAACCAUAAAAAUUUCAGGGAGCCGAAUGGAUUUGAAGCUCUUAAGAAUCUCCAGGCUUUUAACGAGCAUAAACGCUACUCUUGUAUUAAUUCAUCAUGUGAAAUGCAAUGCAGUGUUAACACUGUAUAUUCAAAUCAAGUGUUCGUGGAGUUGAAUGUUCGUCCGGAUUUGAGCUACAAAUCUGGGAAACGUUGUCGACUGAAGGAGUUUCCCACGACAUUGGAGUUAAACGCCACAAUUUAUCGAUUGGCAGGUGUAAUUCACUAUGAAUCCGAACAUUUUACUGCAUAUUGUUUCAGAGGAAUGGUUCGUUGGGAGCUACACGAUGAUCAACAAUCAAAAAUUAAAUUUUGUCAUUCUACAACACGAGUAACACCAGAAGCAGCAGUUUAUGUUCAGCUGAAUGAGGAAAACUAUAGUACAUUCACAGGACCCAUCAAAGCUGAUUCAUCACAGAAAGAAUUCCAUUAUGUUACCCCAGAUGAGGACCCUGACACAAAUUCUCGAGACAACUGGAGGAAUAAAGAAAAUUCUUCAUUGUAUUGUAUCGAUACUAAAAACUUUUAUACAGAUGUUUUUAAAGAAAAAAAAUGUGAUGAUCGUGAAGUAAAGCUACAUCAAAACGGUGACUCUCAAAGCGCAAUUGCAAUUAAGGGGGAUGUGAUACAUGUCCGGAAAAAUUCUUGUCUUGAUUCGAUAAUACACGUUUUAUGGUAUGCAGCUGAAUGUAAUACCAAUUAUUUGACAUUAAUGAGAUAUGCCACCACCGAAAAUGACCCAUUAAAAUUAAUUGCUCAGCUAGUGGAUAAUGAAAAUCUGCAAUCAACAAAUGAGCACCGAGUUCUUGUCUCACCUUCUUUCGUUGAGACACAAAUUUAUCAUAUCAGCCCCAGCAUCGAUUCAGAAAUAUCGACAAUUGAUUUAACUACUAGUGGUACAUAUGCUAAAGUUUGGAAAGCAUGUUUUGACAGUGUACCCAGUGAACAGAAGCUGUAUAACUGUAAUAUUUGCGGAGAAUACGUUUAAAAUAUCGCAGUACUGUGUCCUAAUUUCUUCAACCGUUCCCAAAAAUGCAUUGACUUGCAGAAAGCUCUACAUUUCUAUAAAUACUUGAAGAAAGUUCGAUGUAUAAAGGAAUCAUGUCCAGGAAAAUGUGUAGUGACCACUUCGUCGAAUUUUCAUCUCUUCAUUGACAUCUCUCAAUCUUCAAUGUGCCUGAUCGACGAAAUAUCUACAGUGAUAUGCCGAGAAUUCAAUUACAGAUUAGCUGGAAUAAUUAGUCGUCUCGGAGAUCGAUAUGUUGCCUACUGUUCAGCGCUACAAAAUUGGUUAUUGUACGAUGGUUAUCACAAAGUAAAUAAAACAAUAGUUGGCUGUGAACAAAUUCGUCCUUCCGGACUUAUUUACGUACUGCAAGAUUAACCCAAAUAUAUAUUAGUUUAAUAAUCUUAGUUGAAGACGGUUAAUUGAUGUUAACUCUUAUUACGAUGUGAGAUGGUUUAACUCCUGUUAAUCAUUAUUAGAGUCAGACAGGACGUAUUCAAAAUUAUCAAAGGAAAAUGUAAAAAAAUAACAAUUACUUUAAAAUGCAUCUUCUAUAUGAAUAGUUUUUAAAACAACCAAGUUGAAAUUAUCGAAAAAUAAUUGGUUUAAACGAAAAUAUGAAAUAGAAAAUACAAGUGUUCCAAUCCAAAAUUAAAUUGUCUUUCGUAAUGGAAUAUACCAAAAUUUCAAAGUUGGUAUAAAACAAUUAACUUUGUACCCUCAUUAGCGAUGCCCGUUGAAAAAAAACUCAAUGAAAAGUCACUUAUUAAAAGGUAAUUAACGAUCGCACGUAAUUAAAGAGAAAUAAAUCCAAAAUCAAGCGAAUGUCAAAUCAGAAUGAAAUAUCAAUUUUUAAGACGUUCAAAUAUCUCAUUUUUAGAAUCUCCUUUACAUAAAUAAUGUUACAUUCCGAUACACAUUUGCUUGUCCCUAAAUCUAUUCUUUCCUAAUUACAUGAGAGUGUAACUAGUUACCUUCAUCAAUUAAUCGAAUGAUGAAUUCUAAUUCAUUUGAAUUUUCUUAACGAAUGUCGAAAAUGAAGAAAAGUACGGCC